AUAUUCAAACCCUAAAAAAAAGGCUACUAUAACUUGGCCGCCCUGGUUGCAUUGUGGCAGUGUGUGCGUGGGCAGAGUGGGCAGUCGCGAUUAUUUUUGUGUUGUGUUUACGUACCGUAAUCAGAAACGUCAAAAGAAGCAAAAGAAGGGAUACCGCUAGGUCUGUGUGCGUGCGCACACGUAGUUAUUCAAUGAAAGAACCGUUUUCCGCCGUCGUCGGCUCCGGCGGUACGCGUUGUAAAUAGUUCGUAUGAGUACAGGAGUGAGUAAUAGUCGUGUGAGGACAACGGCGUAAAAAAUCUCCAAUAGAAACACAGCUCGCGGAUCACUGUAUUGGGAAACAAAUUGAGGAAGUGACAGUCUCGUAGAGUAUUAAUUUUCCUUGAUUCAUUCAUGAUCAUGAAAAAGCUGUGAUGUGUUAUAUUAAUGUGUAAAUAUAUUAUUUAAACAGAAUGGAAAUUGUGCAGUAUAUCACUGUGAAGUUCUGCAUUUGUCGAUUGUAACAUACAGCUAGGAGUCUGCAACUUUCAACAAUAGUGCGUCAUUAGCAAUCACUAGUGCUAAAUGUGUGAAAUACUUGUGUUCCUUUGCUGAAAAGUCAGCUCUGGCUUUUACCAAAAAGUGGAUAAUUCAUAUGUUAGUCAUUUAUAGAUAAAAUAAUUUGGAUUGUGCUGAACGCCAAGUUUACAGUUUAUUUUUGGUUUUUGUAGAUCCUAAAAAUCGUUGUCUGCCUUAUCACAUUAAUGUGGAAGCUUGACUAAAGUCGUGCAUUGCUGCGUUUGCUAAAUCAUUAAUCAACCAACUAAUCAAGGAGCGCAGAAUACAGAGUAACACUUUUAGAAAUCUGACUCAAAACUCAAAUUCUAACAGUGUCAACAUUCGAACCUGCACAUAGUAUCCCACCUACUCCAUCUGCCACCCCUCCAGAAUCAGCAGUGAUUUUCUUUGCGCGUACAACUACUACCCGCUAUCACCAUCAUUCUUCGAGUAAAAAAAUAGCAGCAAUCAUUGAGUCACGAUGAAGCGAAACGAUACGCAAAUGAACGUGGCUGGUAUACGUAGGAACAUCAAAAAUAUUGCACAUAAUUAUUCAGAUGCCCAGAUCAAAGUCCGUGAAGCUACCUCCAAUGAUCCAUGGGGUCCAUCGUCCACAAUUAUGGCCGAAAUCGCCGACCUGACCUACAAUGUCGUAGCAUUCUCCGAAAUAAUGCAAAUGAUCUGGAAGCGCACUAACGAUCAUGGAAAAAAUUGGCGUCACGUCUACAAGGCACUACUUUUAUUGGAAUAUCUAAUUAAAACGGGAACGGAGAAGGUGGCACAACAGUGCAAGGAGAAUAUUUACGCUAUCCAAACAUUAAAAGACUUUCAGUAUAUGGAGGAAGGCAAAGAUCAAGGAAUGCACGUUCGAGAGAAGGCUAAACAGUUGGUGCAGUUGCUGAAGGAUGAUGAACGGUUGAAGAACGAACGAGCGAGAGCACUGAAAGCGAAGGAACGUUUCGCUCGAACGGCCAGUGGAUUCGGCUCAGACGGGUCUAUUGAUGGACCUACGCAGAAGGAUUCACGGCCUCCAAACUGGGGAGAAGGUGAGCCAACAGGAAAACCUGUUUCAGAGAUAGAAUUUGUUAGACCACAGACUGUAGGUGAAGAAGAAUUGCAGUUACAAUUGGCGAUGGCAAUGUCUCGGGAAGAGGCCGAACAGGAAGAGCAGAAGCGGAGAAGUGACGAUGUGCGAUUGCAGCUUGCCCUUAGCCAAAGUGAACAAGACUUCAAGAAAGAGCAUAUACCGAAACCAGCCGAUAGUGCUCUGGUUGAUCUGCUAGACAUUUCGUUUGGAGCUACUAGUAUUUCAAAUCCUUCGCAGCAACCUGGACCAUCGACAAGCAGUGAUCCGUGGGGUCUACCGGUAGCUGGCGGAUCGAGACCACAGAUAUCUGAUCCCUGGUCACGAACGUCUUCGCCGCCUGUAGUCGAUCCAUGGCUGAAUAGUGCUUCAGCUUUACCUCCGCCUUCAGUGAAAGUUCCAGUAAUGGUGGGUGCUGUUGGUGGCCAACUAGAUGCAUGGGCACCGGUGCGAACACAAUCACCGUCGGUAACAUCUGGUUCUUCUGUGGAAGGAUGGCUUAAUAAUGGGGCAAAACCGCCAACAGCUGCACCCCUGGCAAACAAUGGUAAUAUAGACCCGUGGCAAAACAAAACAGCCCUCCCUAGUGCGCCUUUAACGGAUGCAUGGCAACCAAAACGAACCACACCAGUGCCUACGGCUGAUCCCUGGCAGCCAAAUGCGAAUCCUGUCAAGCAUGACCCUUGGGCGCCUGUCACCGGCAGUGCCGAUGGAGCUUUCGCCUUUCCUGCAAAUCGACCAUCACCAGUAGGAGCAAUUACCUCGCCAGCCUCAGAUCUGGAUGAAUUCGAUAUCAUUACAAAAAGAAGCAGCACCAGCAAUGCUGUUAAUAACAACUUGAACAACAAUGGUUCGUUGCUGGAUGAUUUGGAUCCGCUAUCUUCAAGCAACACAUCCAGUUCAGCCAGUAAUUCCACCUCAGCCCCAACGACAACGAAGAAAACGCCAGCAUCGUUCCUGGGAGAAAAUUCCGCACUGGUAAAUCUGGACAACCUGAUUAAACCCGUAUCGACGACCACAACUGGCCCGAGUGGUGCUCCGGCUUACAAUCCUUUCGGAGAGGCAGCGCCACCGCAAAAGAAUUUGUUCCAACAAAAUCAACCACAGGUUCCGUCCAUUAAUCAGUUGAAACAGUCGCCCUUCCCCGUGACGCUGAAUCAGGAUCCCUGGGCACCCGUUAAUCCAGCAGCAGCGACACAGAACAAUAUUAACAACAACAAUGCUCCUUGGAUGAAUCCUCAAUCGUCGAAUCCAUUCUUGUCGUAAAAUCAACCAACUAAACUAGAAUGAAAAAAAAACAGCUGACAGCAAACCGGUCGCAAUAUGGCAAAACAAAGCAGCGGAUAACACUAACCUUUCUUGUCACAAGCAACUACAAUUGUAUUCAAGUCGAUUAAGCAUAGAAUUUCUCCAGUAAACCGGUUCCUUCUCCGACUUAAUACGAAGUAUUUAGUUAGCCGAAAUGAAUUCAAUUGUUCACAUAUAUGAAACCAAAUAAACAAUGAAACGCAAAGUUUUAGGAAACUUAGGCUGGCGUCAUUGAAAUUCUGCAAUCCUAUUUUUUUAAUACACAAAUAGUACCCAUAGCAUCGCUAUUCAAAGUUAGAACAAGAAUGGAAGAAAAUCAAAAAUGCCUUAUUAAGUAUCUAAAGAUAAACUACUACAACUCGAUGCACGCCAUGUGGAUCGGAUUCUUAGAGUCGUCACCAUCGAACUCUGACAGUACCACGAGAAACGUUUCUAUAUUAUUACACACAUAACAAAAACAACAGAAGAGCUAAAAAGGUACACCCCGAGACAUUAAGCGUUGACUAAGAUAGAACAUCACUAGCGAUGAUAGGUUUUUUUUGUACUGAACGUUUUUGCAGGAGAAUCAUCAGCAGCAAAACAAAGCUAGUAGGAUAAUACAUCUUUCGUGAAUGUGAUAAUGGUUACCACACAUUACUUUACAAGAAGAAAAAAAUCGCUCGUACAUUGCUAAAACUGCUCGACGUCGCGUACGAUUGGACGAUGUUCUUAACAGUGCAUGCUGAACUCGUCGAUCGAGACGCAAUUGCAACAGUUUGGUGCAACGUGAGUUUAUCGGCAAAACUCCAUGCGGAGAUUUUAUGUGAUGGUUUCAGACAAAUUGCGAUUUGUUAGAUGUGUAUAUCGUGAUCGGAGAAAUCCUGUUGGACAACGAAAGAAGAAAAUCUCUAAUUGUAUUGCUGCCGUUCUAAGGACAACUAACAGCUUCGCCUCAGUAUCCGAUUGUUGAAAUAGAAUUUCAUUUCUAAGCAUCCAGAACGUUCAUGUUCAUUUGGGCGCGAUUGUAUAUCCUAAAUCAAUUCUGGUAUAAUAGUAUUUGGGUCCCCCUUAUACAAUGUAAAAGUAAAUCAGACCAUAUUUUCGAUCCUUUAUUCGAAACUUGCUGUUUUUGCUAGUAUUUAUUUAAACCCGUAACGAUUAUCCUUAUUAUAAGUAAAGCAUUAUCUGAAUGAAAAAAAUGGUAAUAUAUUAUAAUUUUGUUAAAACUUUGUUUUAAAUUAUAUAGUUUUCCAGCAAAUUUUGAUAUGCAAAACAAAAUAAAUAGACAAAAGCUGAGUAAAGAUGUUUAUGCUUUAAUCGGUGAGGUUUACAUAUAGAUGUGGAAGCAAAAAAAAAACUAUUUUUACAAAUGUUAAAUUGAAACGAAACCGAUUGAUUCUAGGAGACAUCAGCUUCAGUUUCGAUUGAAAACGGAUCAAUGGCGAAAUUGAUGAUUAUAUAAAAUGGAAGAAUGAAAUUAUAUAUUUUUUAAAUAAACAGAAUUGA